AUGACGGCACGGUGCAUCCGCCGCGCCGCGGGGACCUUGCCCGUGGCGCGGCGCACGAGUCGGUCAGCUUCCCACGCCCAUGCCGCCCUUCCCUGGAACCUGGGCGUGGGCGCCCCCCAGGAGACCAUGUGGAGGAUGCGCGCAGUCGCCGUCAGGUUCGCCACGGCGGAGCGCAGCCCACGCAGCGCGUCGGCGGCGCGGCCGGCGGUGACGGCGCGGCGCUCCUCCCACGCCUGCUACCGCCGCGCCCCUUUGCACUUCCUCGACCUCUCGUCGUCCUCCUCGUCCGGCCUCCAUGGACAGCGUCAUCCAGUAGCAGCUGCAGAGGCCACAGCAGGGAAGUUUCAGCUGAUAAAAGAAGCUGCCAGCAGCAUGGCAAGACCGGAGGCGGAGGAAGAAAGCUGGACGCUGCCGGCCGCGAACAACGGCCGCCGCGGGGUCUCCGGCGAGCUUCUCCCGGCGUUCAGCGAGCCCUUCCCUCCUUCCGUCGGGAACAUCAUCAACCCUUACGACUGCCGCUACAGGUGGUGGCAGGGGUUCCUGAUCGUGCUGGUGCUGUACUCGGCGUGGGCGUCGCCGUUCGAGCUGGCCCUCGAGCGGGCCGCCACCACGCCGCUCCUCGUCGUGGACCUGGUCGUCGACGUCUUCUUCGCCGUCGACAUCGCCGUCUCCUUCUCCGUCGCAUACUACGACAGGUCCGCCAACCUCUUCGUCGACGACCGCAGGAAGAUCGCCACGAGGUACCUGACGCGGCCGUGGUUCGCCAUGGACGUGGCCUCGACGAUCCCGUUCCACAUUAUCUACCGGCUCGUCAGCGGCAGGAGCGCCGGGCUCUUCAGGUACCUCAACCUUCUCCGGCUCUGGCGACUGCGGCGCGUCAGUAAGCUCUUCGCAAGAUUGGAGAAGGACAUCAGAUUCAACUACUUCUACACCAGGGUCGCCAAGCUCAUCGGCGUGACUCUGUUCGCGCUGCACUCGUCGGCGUGCAUCUUCCUGUGGAUGGCGUUCCACCACCGGGACAAGGAGCGCACGUGGCUGGGCAGCCAGGUGCGCGACUUCACGGACCGCAGCGUCUGGGUCGGCUACACCUACGCGGUGUACUGGUCCAUCACCACGCUCGCCACCGUCGGGUACGGCGACCUGCACGCCGUGAACCCCGGCGAGAUGGCGUUCGCCACCUGCUACAUGCUCUUCAACCUCGGCCUCACCUCCUACAUCAUCGGCAACAUGACCAACCUCGUCGUCCACGCCGCCAUCAACACCUUCAAGAUGAGGGACAUGGUGCGGCGGGUGUCGACGUUCGGGAGCGUGAACCGGCUGCCGCGGGAGCUGAGGGAGCAGAUGAUGGCGAGCGCGCAGCUGAGGUUCAACACGAGGGAGGUGGUCCAGCAGCAGCUGCUGUCCGACCUGCCCAGGGCGCUCAGGUCCGGGAUCGCGCAGCACCUGUUCAGGGACACGGUCGAGCGCUGCUACCUGUUCCAGGGCGUCUCCGACGGCCUCGUCGUGCAGCUGGUUUCAGAGAUGACGGCAGAGUAUUUCCCCCCGAAAGCGGACAUUGUCAUGCAGAAUGAGACCUCCACGGACUGCUACAUCAUCGUGUCCGGCGCAGUGGACUUGUUGGCGACUGCUGAUGAUGGAAGAGAGAAGCUCGUGAUGAAGGUAGGGCCGCACGGCAUGGCAGGCGAAUUGGGGGUGAUCUUUGGCAUCCCGCAGCCGUUCACCGUCCGGAGCAGGAGGCUCACGGAGGUCGUGCGCAUCGGCCAGAGCCAUCUUCUGCAGAUACUCCGUCCCAACACUGCAGAUGCGGACACUGUGCACGCCAAUUUUGUUCAACACCUCAAGUCUCUGAAGGAGCACGUUGCCGCAGAAGCACAGUAUUUCAGGGAGAUCCUUUCGGACACAGGCAUGGAUCAGCUUCAGAACGGCGCCAUUUUUCAGAGGCAGCCGCACAACGGCGGCAAGAUCGUUCGGGGCCAGGAUGCCAGGCUCGGCACGGGGCAACACGAAGAGACAGCUCCCGGCAACGUGUUGCUGCGUCGACAACACAAACCACGAGUGGUCAUCCAUGAUCACUUCCCCGGGGAUGGCACUGAGAAGACUCGGAACCGUCCAGGGGGGAAGCUCAUCUGCCUCCCGGAUUCGCUGCAAGAGCUGAUGAAAAUUGCCGAGGCGAAGUUAGGGAAGGCGGUGAGGAAGGUGCUCACCGUCGACGGCGCCGAGGUGGAUGACAUCACCGUGCUAAGAGACGGGGAUCACCUGGUGCUGUGUUGGUAG